GACGUCACUGUUUAUUAACGCCAUAUUUAGACUCACAUUCUCACAAAGACUAACCAAAUUCGUCUUCUGUUCCUCGUCCGUUCGUUUUUCUUGAAAUUUCUGGCUGGUAUUCGAUAUAACGUCGUUUGAACAGUUCACUGGUACACGGCAAUGGCAUCAAGUCCAGCGGGGAGCGCUGUGAAAGCUCUUCAACUAGAACUGAAAAAGAUACAAGCAGAACCUGUCGAGGGAUUUCGAGUGAAGCUGGUGAACGAUGACAACAUCUUUGAGUGGGAAGUGGCAAUAUUUGGACCUCCUGGGACGUUAUAUGAAGGCGGAUACUUUAAGGCACACAUGAAAUUUCCACCAGAUUACCCUUAUUCCCCUCCAAGUGUGCGCUUCAUCUCAAAGAUGUGGCAUCCAAAUGUGUAUGAGAAUGGAGAAGUUUGCAUCUCCAUCCUCCACCCACCUGUUGAUGAUCCGCAAAGUGGUGAACUGCCAUCAGAACGUUGGAACCCAACUCAGACUGUCAGAACAAUUUUACUAAGUGUGAUUUCAUUGCUAAAUGAGCCCAACACAUUCUCUCCUGCUAAUGUGGAUGCCUCCGUCAUGUUCAGAAAAUGGAAGGAGUCCAAGGGAAAAGAGAAAGAAUACGAGAACAUCAUCAGGAAACAAGUGCAAGCCACGAAGGAAGAUGCUGAGAAAGAUCAAGUGACAGUACCAACCACGUUACAAGAGUACUGUGUCUCCUCCAUUCCUGCUCAUGAUAAUCAAGUGGAUGCAGAUUUCUAUGAUGAUGAUUAUGUAGAUGAUGUUGAUGAUGAUGAAGAAAUGUACCAUGAAGAGGAUGAGGAGGACUCAGGCAAUGAAGAAUCCUGAUAGCCGUCCAGAGCUGUUUUGUUGUCUGUGCCGCUUAGUUCUCUACAUGUUUUUUUUUUUCCCUUGAUAUUUCCCAGGGUUUUAGUGUUAUGGGUGGCAUUUCUGUUUUCUAUCUGAAGAUUUAUUGAGGUCAUGACGACUGGGGUGUCGCAAAGCCAGUGUCCCAUUAUGCUCAAACUGGCUUUGUAUGUGAGACAAAUUAAGAUUUUUCUUUUAUCUCUGUGGUUAAAGAUGGCAUUUUUGGUCCCUUUUAGUUUCUUUGCAAAAGUUGCUAUUGCAACGAAGAAAGCUGCCCCUUUUGUUUAAUUAAGGUGAUCCUUAGAUGCCGGCCAAAGACCAUUUUCAUCUGACCCAUGGUGUGAUAUCGUUGGUACUGAGAUAAUCAUCACAGAUAGCAUAGGUAAUGUAUAUAGCACAUUUUUUCCCAUGAGAUUCCUAAUUCCAAAAGUCAUUAUAAAAAAAUUAUUAGUCGCACCUCUAUUUAGUUUCAUACUUUGACCCAUGAUAGUAUUUACAGGAAGGUAUACAUUGUACACCUUAUGCCUGAAAAGAAAAAAACUGGCCCCAUAUAUGUAAACAUCAGGUUAACUUCCAACUUUUGACUUCAGUGGAAAAGAGGACGAAUUCCUGUAGUUAGAUUCUAGACCUGGGAGUAUCUAGUCAGUGUGUUUCUCGUAUGCACAUUCUUUUAGGAUGGUGGCCAUAAAGUCAUUCCUUGAUACGGCAAAAUUUUCUUCAUUUUUGUUACACGAGAUCCCGUAGUAUGUGAUGUAGUUUGUGAGUGUGAUUCACGGUUAUGGAUUGUGCAGGUUACUGGUUUACGGGUUUGACGUUGCCUCGCCUCUCGCUGCAGAAUCCAUGAGAGAGUCAUUGUGAUGGUGUUACCGUCCGCAGUAUAGUCGCUGCGGUGUCUUGUCUUCUUUUACUAGUGGGAAAUGUUGAGGAUAAGGGGGAUGAGAGGCCUGAGGGGACUGUGUCCUCCCCAGAAUGUGCAGGCCACUGGUCUUCUCCAUGUGGCAAAAGAUCUUAUACAUCACCCGUCAGUCACUGGAGUGGUCCGUGGUCUGGACAAGAGGCAGUCCAUGGUUGUUUCAUCAACUUUAUUUGAUUGACAGGUCAAGGUCACUGCUCCCAUUCUGGUUAUCUUCCCAUUGUUGGUGUUUUCAAAUUGAGGGAGGAGGGUUCAAAGUGCUUGAGUGACCGGUAUAGGUUCAUGGUACGCGUCUGAGAAGAUGAAGUACUUGAGAUUUGACACUCCGUGCACACAUGAUGAGGAGUGGAUGUUAUCACAUCAACUUUCCUUACACCCAACCUCAGCGCUAAACUUAAUUUGUCAGUCUGCUAUGUGGUCCUGAUGGCCAGCACCUUAACAACAGUACGAGUCACCACACAUUUAUCCAUCAACUGCUCGCAGUCUAUUUUUAUAAAUUACAGACUGUUGCUGUUAUUGCAUGCAGAAAACUGGUACGAAUGUUGCGCUGUGGUAUGUGCUGGGUGGCCUCCUCUAAGUUUCAGUUUUGAGUUUCUUGUUCAUAGGUUUUCUGAGUUUAGAAUGGAUUAAAAAGAUGCAGUUACUUGUGUUUGCUUUGGUGUUGCGGGAAUAAGCUCUAGAGCUUUGCUUAUAAGGUAAUGGUCUAUUAUGUAGUCAAUUGGCCCUCUGCAUGAUUGGUCAGCCUGACAAUGUGGCUUGGUGCAAACGGCCGUGCUGUUCUGACAAUUUGGGUGUGUAGGGCUGAAAGCGUGCGACUGUGACAGCUUUAUGAUGGAAUUCUUAUAUUGUAUAGAGGAUCUGAGAAACCCUUGUGAUGCUGGGUGGAAAAAGUGGAAGGGUAUAAUUUGAGCAGUGGGGUCAGUGGUCAGUUCCUUUGUGUUCUCCUUUUGGUAUCUACACAGGAAUGUUAUCUUCCUUCAUGGAAAGUUUCGCUGUUGAACUUUUUAUUUCUUACAUCUACUUUCCAGUUGCUGCUGCAAGUGGCCGAGAAUAUCAUGUAUUACCUCAACAGAUAUCACUCAUUGAGAGAGAUCGCUCUAGAUUGCUCACUAUUUUUGUCACAUAGCAUAUUUUUGUGGUGUAUGUCUGUGUGUGUGGGAUUGCAUAUGUGCACUUUACUGGGGUUGUUAAUUAUGUAGUUGUUUGUGCAAAGAUACAACUGAGCAUUAACACUGCAUUGCCUCAAGCCUUGUAUCUGAGGCUAGUACCCUGGUGGGUUUUGUUUUUAAGUCUUUUAUUCUAAGGCUUUUGUACGUGGGCUAGUGUGUAGCUGUCGUGGCUAUCCAUAGUGGCUGUCAGGACAAAUACAUUGUCUAUUGAUAGCUGCAUUCCUUUCACCAGACUGUGUAGCUAACAGUAUUUCCUGUCUCUUUAAUUUUUCCCUCCCCGUAUUUUGUUAAUAUCUGUCUCUUUAUGCUUAUUGGUUAUGUUUUAGAACAUGCUUAAUCUUUGUCCCAGUUCCUUCUCAACCGCAGCUGUAAUGUGAUCACUAUUUCAGCACGUUUUCCCUCCCUCCAAUUUUUUCCCAGUUUCCUGGUCAAUUAAUAGUCAGUUAGUUUCACCCUUUGUUAGUAUGCUCACAGUAAGUACCUAUUCUAGAACUGACAAGAUGGCAAUGUCCCAUGUUUUUAUUCUUCAUCGCGCCCCCUUCUCGUAAAAUGUAUGUCCCACAAUUGCGCUGUUCUUUUCUGCUUCUUUUGAUUUUCUUGGAAAUCUGUCCAAGCCGAAUUCUUCCAUUGUUUCAAUUUCAAAACUGGGCAUGAAAGGGUCUUUCACGUUGAAAACUUUUGGAUGGCGCAUAUGGUCUGUCUCCCCCAGCCCAGUCUGUUUCCUUCUCCCGAUAUUGUACUGGUGAGUUUAUGAAACCGAAAAUUUGAUACCUGCUGAAAUGUAUAUAUGAAUUCCCAGUUUUGUGGGUCUAUACUUCUCCAAAAAAAUUUAAGAAUCAACAUUUUGCAUUUUCAACUUAGUUUCAGAUAAUUCUUGAUCAGCCACUUAUUUUGCAGAGGCUAGUCUCUAGACAGUUUAAAACUCAUUAUUACCUACCGUCUCCCUUUCAACUCCACUAUAUAAAGCAGAAUACCAUGAAAACCUUUGGCCAUUGACAUUCAACUGAUUAAUGCCCGAAAAGAAAAGAAAGUCUAUGCUGUGUGUUGUAGCUGUCCUCUUUGCCCAAAGUUUAACCCACGAUCUGUUGACGUCUGAAAGGCGACAGAAAUUGUUAGCCAUCAACAUUCUUGACAGUAGUGCAAUAAAAUUGCUGUGAAACCUGCUUCCACCGAACGUUAAUUCAACGAAAUCUAGAGCUCACCUUUUCUCCUGCAACAAACCUUGUCUAUUCCAUUACGAGGGACUGUCGAUCUCCCUACAUCUUGGAUCGUUUCACACCCAGGACUACAGCGUAUAACACAAUGUAAAUUGUGAGUAACCUGUCAGAGACACAGCCAUCUUUUGGAAACAAUCAGAGGUUUUUCUCACACACACCAGCAUGUGGUGUAGACACGUAUGAAAGCCAUGUAUCUGAGUAUGUGUUUGAGUUCAAAGGGUGGUUAGCUCCUGUGCUGAUGUGUAAGGGGGGAAUGGGGAGUGAAUAUAUGAAUAUAUCAGGCUUGGAUCAUUGUCAGAGAUUCUGUGUGUAGUCAGAACAUCAUUAUUGUAUUUUUUAUCUUGCUACUGAACAGUGAUAGAUAAAGAUCUAUAUAAUGAGUUUGGGAAUGUACCAAACAUCUGACAGGUCUUGUCAUAACUGGUCCUAGAAGUCCUAACACUAACAGUAAGCCCUACAGUGUAGCUUGUGAAUGUUUCACCUUACAGUCAGUACUAAAUGGCUAUGUCAAGCAUGUUGAGCUGUUCAGUGGUGAGGAGCUAGAUGUCCAGAACAAUGAAAGGCUGUCAGACGUCUUUUUUUCAAGUAUUUGUUGACCUUCUCCUCUGUUUGUUUCAUUUUUUCCUCUCUGUGUCUUGUUUUUCUCUGUGGUUUUCAUUUUCCCCAUCACCCACUUUCAAACUUAGCAGCUUUCUAUAUUUUUCAGAAAAACCAGUAAACUGCAUAUUUCCUGAAAGAAGAAUGAAGUUUUAACGUUUUGGCGGCAUCUCAUUUUAGAGCAGUAUUUCUUACAUAUUCUAAGACCUAAAGUCUUAAAUUCUCUUCCACACUACAGUUGGUAACUAUCUACUAUAGGAUAAGCUUGAUAUGGAUUUCUCAAUUCUGCCAACUUUAAAUUGGAAAAUGUGGGCAGUUGCGUAGCAGGUGUGACAAAUUAAGCUUGCUGUUAUUGUACUGUAGGCUGUCCUUGUUCAAAUCUUUCCAACCUGACGCCCAGCUACUGAAAUUCUAAGAAGAGCUGAGCAUGCCCUGAAAGGAAUGACUGAGGUUUGUGGGUCAGGUGUGGUCUGUAAUUGGCCUAAGUCCGUGUUUCUCUACUAAUGCACUUCUGGAUUAUCAUCUGUUUGGUUUAGCUAAUGAAAAGUGCAGCUCUGUGUGAGGAAAGGGACAUGUAAAUGAUUAUUUGUGUCCUUUGUAACAACCGGCUUUCAAUGACGUUUGAGUGCCUCUCACCCCUGCCCUAAUCCUUUGGAGUCCUAUGUCUGUUGUGCAGAGUUUUGGUUUACACACCAGAGAUGAAUAUUGUAUUAAUUGUACAGUGAUAAGAUGUUUGCUUUUUAUAAACCCCCAACUCAUUAAAUUGAGACUGACAUAUUAGACUUGCUCUGUAUUAUGUUUGGAAAACGUGUAGCAAACUAAAAAUACUAAAUCAGAUGCCUUUGAGACAGUUAUACUAUUUGUUUACUCAUGGGGAAAAAAAGUAACUUUUAGUUAUGUUUUUCAGGUCUGUUCUAGAGCCGGUGUAUAAAUUGUCAUGUUUUUUGUUUGUUUUUUGGGGGUUUUUUUCGACCAGAAUAACUGAGGGGGUAUCUUCAAUAUUUUUAACUUGUGGAAACAAGUCCCAUGACUUUUGUCUUCUUUCGAAGAAGUUGUGUUAACUAAUCGUUGAAUGAUUUAUUUCUAUGAAACAACAGUGUGGAAAAUUAUGUUUUGAAUUGAUCCUCAAGUAGUGUCAUAAGAUCAUGAAUUAAGAAAUGCAAACUAGUCUGUAAAAUUAAACCAAUUUUUAAGAUGUGUUGCUUAUCAACAAAGUCGCCAGAUUAGUGAUUGAAGAUGUUUUUCAAUAUUUUUUAAUCAGAGUAGAGAACUUAAGGCAUAGUUUUCCUCCUCCAAAGUUUUGUUCUGCCUUAUCAUGGUAUAUGUAGGGAGAGCCAAGCCUGACGGAGGGCACUUUGGCUAGUGUCUGCCCAUGAUGUGCGUUUAUGAAACUGCGAGUGUGGUUGUUUGCUUGCUUGAUGAAUGGGCCCACAUUGCCUAUCAGUGUGAUUCAAAUCAAUCUCUUUUUCUGAGGCUGCCUUGGUGCAUCAAUAUUGUCGGGCAUCUCCAAACUGCGCCUCAUGUCACUUGUGUGUGAGCAUUUGUACGCGUGUGUGUUGGUACUUUUGGCAAGGAUAGAAUGUCCGAACAAAUAUAUUUUUCCCUAUAGGUUUGCCUGUGUUGGUUUUAUGGUUUGUAUACGUAUUUGUAGAAUGUACAGAUUAUUUCCCAUGGACAUACCAUUCAUGCAAAUGUACAAAUAUAUCUGAACAGACUGAAUCUGUGUUGAUUGUUUUUGUUGUGUAUUGUUUGUGAUAAGCAGAGAAAUUGUGACUUUGGAUAGUUCUUUUCCUUUCUUUUGUUAAGCCAUUUUUCAUGUUACUGUUAAUUUCCUUGUCCAAACAUAAUUGUUGGUUUUAUUCUCAUGUUGUGUUGUUGUUAUUGUUGUGAAGUAACUCUUCCGUUUGUUUGAUCUGUUUUAGUUGUUGACACGAAGCGAUGGCUUGUACAUCUUGGUACGAAUAUUCCCUGAAUUGCUUCACCACAGGUUCUCCCAUCCUCGGCCAAUCUGAGCACUUUUAGAGAUUUUGCUAACAAAGAAUGCGUUUGUGUGGUUUUGUGUUUACGUGGACCUGUGUAUAUUCGACUUGAUGAUUCUAAUAACUGUUAUAAAAGCUGAGAGUAAGAGUAGCAUCACUUGACCCCCCUCCCCUGUUUUCUUUAGUAGUACUAGUAGUCUUCCCCCUCCCCCCCCCCCAACCUCUCUCUAUAAUCUCUCUCAGUACCUCUUCUGCACACCUAUAUUCUCUCUCUCUCUCUCUCUCUCUCUCUCUCUCUCUCUCUCUCUCUCUCUCUCUCUCUCUCUCCUCUCUCUCUCUCUCUCUCUCUCUCUCUCUCUCUCUCUCUUUCUCGCCCCCCACCCCACUCUUCCUCAAACGCACAGGUACGCAUGUAUACUUUCACUUUCUCAUGCUCACCUACACCCAUCUGUUCAUAUGGUUCCAGGUUACAGUAUAAUUCCUCGUAAAUAGUUUUGUCAGGGUAAGAAAGAGACAUUGUCAGUGUGUAUCUGCUCCCCACAAAGUCACUGUUGGUUGUUUUCCUACCUGUCUGUAACAUGGAUUUUUGUCGUCUUACUGUUUUAUAAGCAUGGCAAGAUUGCCUUUGCAUUCAUAUGGGAAUUAUUUAGUAAGCAUGGCAAGAUUGCCUUUGCAUUCAUAUGGGAAUUAUUUAGUAAGCAUGGCAAGAUUGCCUUUGCAUUCAUAUGGGAAUUAUUUAGUAAGCAUGGCUAGAUUGCCUUUGCAUUCAUAUGGGAAUUAUUUAGUAAGCAUGGCUAGAUUGCCUUUGCUUUCAUAUGGGAAUUAUUUAGUAUUCAAUGAGCCCUGGAUUUUUUUUAUUAAUUUUUUUUAAGGUUGGGGAUGGGGGAUCCUAGAAACUGGAGUUUAAAAAUGUUAUAUUAUAUAGUUGAAAUAAUAACCGACAAUUUGGAAUUCUCCUUUUUACCGUACCAUCACCAAUCUAUUACAUGGAUACUGACAGUGCGUGAGAGACAAGUGUAGUAAAGCGUAUGUGUACCCUGGGUAUUGCUGGUAAGCGGAAGCUGUGCUUGCUUUUCUCUUGGGCGCUGGGGAACUUGCUUCCAGGGUAUUUUUGUGCCGCAGAUGUUGUGAAAGUAGUUCCCAGGUCCAUGUGUCCGGCGGGUGCAAUGGACCAAACAAAAAACAAACGAAAAAAACGCCACUCUGUAUGAACUUGCGACUUAAAUGUUUUGACUAGUUUUUUUUAAAAAUUGAGUAGCUUUUGUAGAACCCUCAGUUUAAGAACAUGUCACAAUUGAGUAUUCGUAUAGCAUGAUUUGACUUUUCAGAAGAUAGCCUUCUGUUUUAUUGUUCCCCAGAUUUGAGCUUGAUAAAACUACAUAGCCAUAUUUGUAUUUGCCGAGUGUCGGGCCGACUCAGUCGGCUGUGUCAACGAUCAUACGUUGUUACACUUAACCAAUGCAAUGUGUGUACUGGUUACGGACCCGUGUGGAUCCAUUUCACCUUUGAAAUUAUGUAUGCCCAGAGAGAUAUAUUGAUCUUUAAAAAAUUAGAUUAACAAGAAAUGAAACUGAGGCAUUUUUAAAAAAUUGGGCUUCGAACUCCUGUGCUUGAAAUUGAAAGCGAUUACAUAUGUGUGUGCUAGAAGUGUGCUUGGUAUGACAGCUGUAUGACUGUGUAGGGCGCCAGUGUGUACAUAAUGAUAGAUACAUGUGUACCGUAUGUUUUGUAUACAAAUAAAUUAACUGAUACUGCAGAAGAGAGAAUCGGGCACGGCCCAUUUCGGGGGUCUUGUUUUGUCGUGAGACCGUUUGUAACUGAGAUUGUUUGUAACUUUGCACAUGUACCGCAUCUAUUGAACUGAAUUAAAUGUCUUUUUUCUGACAGCAUUC